AUGAGCUAUUUAAGUAUGUGACUGGAACAAGCAACACAGUGCGACUGCAGAUCGACAACAAAGACAGAAAUGGGGACUCACCACUACUCAUUCUAUUGAAGUCUGGGAAGACUAACACACCAAGUGGAGAAGCUUUGUAUAACCUAUUGAUGAAAUAUGGGGCGUCUGUAAACAUUCGAGAUGCGAGUGGAAAACAACCGAUCGAUUAUGUGGAGCCUGGGACACGAAUUUAUGAUGACCUGAGGAAUGGAGCCAAUAGUUAUAAAAGAGAACAAAUGCUAAGAACUAGAAUGGAUUACAUGACGAAGAAAGCUGACACGGACGAACAGCAGCGACAUUAUGAAUCCAGUCUCAAGUGGUUCGAAAAUGCUAUAGCUUUAGCGGAGGAUAUCACUGAUGUAAGCCAAGAGGUUGAUAUUCUACACCGUCGAUGUGCUGGAAUCAACUUCCUCCUUGGAAAAUAUGACGAUGCCAUUAGAUCGGCAGAAGCUUCUAUUGCCCUGAAUGCUUCUCAGUACAAGGGCUACAUUGAAAAAGGACUUGCACAGAAUAAGUUGCACAUGUCAGAUGCAACAAAAACAUUCAGCCAUGCAGUCCUCAUGAUAACAACAUGCAUGAAACAAUCAUUUGGAGAAACACGUGAAGACCUAACGCGUAAAAUGAAGUUUGUAGACGAUUUGCGAUGCUACAUGUCAAGAGUCAUCGAGGAACUUGUCCGUUCAUCUUCUUGGAACAUUGUUAAGAUAAUUGUCAUGGGCGAAGGAUAUGUUCAAGUCAAGAGCCGUCCUCAUAAAAACGUAAAGGAGUUUAUACAAACAAUUUCAACGAAUGUUCACUUUACCGAAUUCAGUGCAGUUUCUAUUGACCUGGCGCCGAUUGUCAUGGCCCCAAGAUCAGAUCCAAAAUCAGCCUGGUUGGAUGAGCUGGCUUUGUUGUUAAUAGUGAAAGGUGCUUCGUUGGAAUCAAUGGCACCAUCAUCCAAUGACACCACUUUGCAUGCGGCUGUUAGGCUUUGUGUUAAAUCAGGUAGUUCAUGGGUUCUAAAGUAUCUCCUGGAGAAUCAUGAGGACAUGACGGAAAUACGUGGCAUCCAAGACAGAUCCGGUCGAACCCUAUACCACACGAUCUGCGAGACAUGUGGCGCAAAAGACGCCGAAACUGGGCUUGAGCUCACAAAUCUACUUUUGCACUACAAAUUUGAUCAUGCUUUGGAAGACAAACGAAACCGGACGCCUACUGACAUCAGAACAACUCCUAAACCUAUUUACGAUCUGCUCAAACAGAAAUUGACAGAUCCCAAAUGUAUGGAGGAAUGUGCUCGCCGACAGCUCCAAAUGUUUAAUUACCAAGCAGCUAUUUGGACAUUCACCCAAACUAUUGAUCUCGUUGAGGCUAAAUCAUCAGCUGGCUAA